UAAUUAAGGAAGCGCGUAAUUGAGUGCACCAUUAUCGAAAACUAGAGUUACGCUGUUAGUAGUUGGAGAUUAAUUAUUAUUAAAGCUCAUGGACCCCUAGAGUAUUCUUGGAUGCUGAUGCUGAUAAUACUGUCUAUCUAUUGCUCAAGAUAUAUAAAUAUUAAAUUACAAAUGAUAAUAUAAUAGAUACAAAGUGAUGGCAAAAAAUACUGUAACAAAAGAAAUUUGUACCUAUCUAUUGGGGAUAUGUGUACCUUCUUCUAAACAAAAUGCUGCUAAAAUACGAGUACGUCGUUUAGAAUUAGAUAAACAUCUUUUAAUGUACUUUAAUAAAUUUGAAUUUGUUUAUGCUCAUGAUCCUGAAAAACUUUGUAAAACAGGUGAUACAGUUUUAAUACAAAAUUUACCAAAAAAAUUAACACGAAUUAUCACUCAUAAGGUUAUUGAAGUUAUUUAUCCUCUAGGUGAUAUUACAGAUCCUAUUACUGGUAAAAAGGUUGUUGCUGGACAAUAUAGGGAUGAUAUAGAAGAUAAUGCUAAACUCUUUGGAGAAUUAAAAUCCAAGUAUAAAUAUGAUGAACUAUCAAAAAGAGGAAGCAUGGAAAAUAAAAAAGAUUUUACAAGUAAAAAGACAUAUAUGAAAUACAGCGAUGAUCCAAAAGAUUUUGAUCCAUAUGCUAUAAAUCCAUAAUAUUUCACAAAUGUAUAUUUAAAUAUUAAUAAAUAAUAAUAUAUUGAAAAUAA